AUGUACUCUAUGUGGCCCUGGAAUCUAUGGCCUAGGGAGGGCUUGGCCUGGCUUUACCCCAGAGGAGGUGGCUGGUCUGGGCCUUCUCUGCAUCGCCCGAGUGCCCCCAGCCCAGCCCCUCCCUCCCUCUUGCAGCUCCACUCCGGGGGCAUCCAUGGCAACAUCAGCUCAGGACCUCUGGGAGGAGCCAGCACAUCCAUGAUGGAACUGGCUACGGUGGACACAUGCCUCACACCUGCCCAGGGUUGGGCUGGCAGCCUUCAUGUUCAGAACCUGGUCAGCAGCCUCAGGCUGUCCAUGUGGUCCAAGUGUGUGGAAUCUUGGUGUGGGGGCAUGGGGGGUGUCUGUGAAUGGCAUAGGGCUCAGAACUGA